AUGUUACUCGCAAGAGAAUAUUGUUUGCCCUGCUUAUUGUCACAGUGUGAAAUCGCCUUAAUUCCUCUAGUAACCAGGGAAAAUUGCUUGUCCUUGUAUUCGGCUUCAUAUAGUGUGAGGGCCACUCGGCUUAUGGAUCACUGUUUUAUGUUUAUAUCUGGUGUUUGGAACGAUUUUUCAGCAGAAGAAAUUUCCACGAUACCUGCACCCGUGCUGCAAUCUUUCCUCGAAAAAUACUCCAAAUUUCCUGUACAUUCAGCUAUUGAACUUGGAAGGAACGAUACUGUUAUGUCUUUGCUUGAAGUCAAUCAUGCUAAGGCAAAGUUACUGGCAAAUCAGUUGAACGACGAUGGAUUAUCUCCACUUUUCAUGGCUUUGAAGGCUUCACAUUUUGAACUUGCUGAAAAACUUAUUGAUCUGGGCGCUGAUCCAAAUGCUCUUAUUGGUCCUAUAAACCAGCGACAACCUAUUACGCAGUUUGCAUUCGUUAACAAACAGUAUGAUGCUGUACAGUUUUUGUUACGCCAUGGUUCAUACUGUGACUUCAGUGAUCCAACAUCCUGUCGUACACUGCUUCAUAACCUAGCAGUACUUGGUGCCAGUGAGUUGACUGACUCUGUUAUUGAUAUCGCAAAGACAUUACUUCUACAAGGCGCAAACACUUCUUGUCAGGACACAGACGGAAAUUCACCACUGCAUUUAUCCAUUUUACACAAUAACUCAGAUAUAUUUGAACUGCUUCUUAAUUAUGUGAAGAAAUCUGACUUCGAUUUACCAAAUAAUCAAGGACUAUGUGUAUUGUGGUUAGCACUUGUUAGACAAUUUCAACCGUGUGGUUCAUUGAAUCCAGCCGCUUAUGGAUUCUAUGGUGAUACCUUAAAAACUAAUUCAUAUGAUUUUGCUAGUCGAUUAAUUGAAAAAGCUGCUAAUGUGAAUUAUAGAUUCACUGAUAUGCCUGCUUCCUGUUUGAUUGAUGAGUCGGCUAAGACACCGCUUCCAGGCGAUACUUUACUCAUGGCUACUGCACGAGUUAGUUGGGAAUCAGCUGGUUUAUUUCUACUGAGUCAACCAGAAUGUGAUCCAACUUUAGAAUCAUUGUCUACUCAAGGAGAAACAGUUUUUCAUAUUGCAGUUGAAUCUGAACUUUUUAAUCUUUGUAAUCAGUUGGCUGUUCGAAAGGACAUUAAUCCUAAUCAAUUACGUUUUUCCAAAGUUAAUAUAGUAGAAAAAAAUUCUGAGAUUUUAAAUGGGACCACUUGUUCACAGCAAACAGAUGAACCAAAAGUUUCUAAAUCAUUAAAUCCCUUUGAUGAUGACUACGAUGAUUACAGUGAUGGCGGUAACUCGUCACAUGUACCACCGAGUAACUCUUUUCUGUGA